AUGUUUUAUGUAAACGGAGGUAAGUCCCUCCAAUUAGUGUCAAAUAAAGUAUUUAGAACCGCAUAUUGGUCAUUUAUACUCUGCUUUGUUGGCUGACGCCAAUCAUCGAUGGACUUUGCUGAAGGAAAACAAAAAAUCAGACAAUUUGCAUCAAUUUAUCGUCGGGACUGACGAACAUGGAAUUAAAGUCCAAACAGCCGCAAAAAAUAGUGGAAAGACGCCGAAGGAACAUUGCGAUUUCUAUGCAGAGCGAUUUAGAUUGUUGUUUGAGGAGUUUAACAUUGGAUAUACGAGGAAUUUGAGGACCACGGAUCCGGAACACGAAGUUACUGUUAAAGGCAAGUGUAAUAUGUCAAAUUGAAGGCGAAGGUUUUUUUGAAUGUCGAUGAAACUUAACUCUGAUAAAGAUUAUGGCUUUAGAAGGAAUGAGGGAAAAUUUCAGGCCGUUUUAUGCAUAACCAACCGAGUUAUACGCGUUUUAAUUUGAAAAAACGAGAUUUUUUGAUGAUUUGGGGAAAAAAGUUUAUUUACUGUUUAAAAUCCGCGCUAGAUGUUGUUAGAAAUUAACGCACAUUCUCUGGAAAUCAUACCAAAAAAUUUCAUCAACAUCUGAUCUUUUCAUUUGGGUUACUGUAACAUUUUUCCUAUUCAGAAAUGUGGAAUCGCCUAAAAUCAAAUGGAUACAUUUAUAAGUCGACUUAUGAAGGUUGGUAUUCCAUGGUAGACGAGAGAUUUUACACCGAAGAAGAGAUCGAAAAACGGAAUAUAAAUGGCGAGGAAGUGACGGUGGCCAAGGAAUCAUUGUCCAAAGUUGAGUGGAUCCAAGAGGAUAAUUACAUGUUCAAAUUGGAAAAAUUUAAAGAUGCUAUUCACAAAUGGUUGACUACACAAGGUGAGGUGGGGCUUGUGGAGACAAAAGGUUAAGAAACACAAGGAGGAUGAGUAUCUUACCUUCUGUGAUAUCAUUUUUUAGGUUUUGGUCUAUAUGACCUAGUACAAUAUCAAUUUUUGGCUGUAAAAUGUCCAUUAUUUAGUUUCGUAUGGAGGUAUCAGGACUUAGAUUAGUUUAAGAGUAUUGCCUAUCGAUUUUGACUUCUUUUAGGUACCAUCUCCCCGGCCAGUCAGCUCCCUCAUAUCCUACAGUCGUUGAAGACCCAGAAAGAUCUCUCGAUUUCCAGAGACUCCACACGGUUAAAGUGGGGUAUUAGAGUCCCGGAUGAUGAUUCGCAGACUGUAAGAGAUCAAUUUUAAUUUGUUUUGCAUUUUUUUAUAUGAUCUUUUCUGGUUGACCAAUAUUAUUCUAGCUCUAUGUAUGGCUGGACGCUCUGUGUAGCUACUUAACGGCAACCGGCUUUCCCACCGACACAAAAUGGAUGAAUUUGUGGCCGGCGGACAUUCAUUUUAUCGGGAAGGAUAUACGGACGUAUGUUAUACUUGAUAUUGCACUAGAUACUGAUGAAAGUUGGGCAAUGCUAUCUUUAGUCUUGUUGUAGGGAAUAAGGUUGAUUUUUGCAGAUUCCACGCGAUAUUCUGGCCAGCAUUCCUAUUGGCUGCUGAUUUACCAUUGCCAAAAAAGAUCUACGUUCAUUCUCAUUGGCUGGUGGAUGGAAGGAAGGUAAGAAACUACUAUUUCUCAUAUCUAGAUUGCAAUUUCUGGACAUUUUUCGACCUAAAGAUUUUUGAGAACUUCUAAUUUUUUUCACAAUUUUUUUUUGUUUAGAUGUCCAAGAGCAUCGGCAAUGUUGUGAACCCAUUUUUGAUCAAAGAUCUCCUCACCGUAGAUGGAUUACGGUACUUUUUGCUCAAGCAAUCCACUCAGCAUAAUGAUGCCAGUAAGUUUAUUAUUUUUUGGGGCUUAUUCUACAGUGGAUAG